GACUUCAACUAUGGUGCGGACGAGUACGACGCUGAGGGCAACGAGGAGCCCAAGGCGCUGCCGGAGGGCUCGGAAACCAUGCCCUACAUCGAUGAGUCACCCACCAUGUCCCCCCAGCUCAGCGCCCGCGGCCAGGAGGGCGGGGACGGCGUCUCACCCACACCCACCGACGGCCUCGGCACAGGGGGCGAGCGAGAUGCUGGCAAAGGCCUGGAGAUGCGGAAGCUGGUGCUCUCCGGUUUCCUGGCCAGCGAGGAGAUCUACAUCAACCAGCUGGAGGCCCUCUUGUUGCCUAUGAAGCCGCUGAAGGCCACAGCCACUACGUCUCAGCCCGUCCUCACCCUCCAGCAGAUCGAGACGAUUUUCUACAAGAUUCAGGACAUCUACGAGAUCCACAAGGAGUUCUACGACAGCCUGUGCCCGAAGGUGCAGCAGUGGGACAGCAACGUCACCAUGGGCCACCUCUUCCAGAAGCUGGCCAGCCAGCUGGGGGUCUACAAGGCCUUUGUGGAUAACUACAAAAUCGCGCUGGAGACCGCGGAGAAGUGCAGCCAGAGCAACUACCAGUUCCAGAAGAUCUCGGAGGAGCUGAAGGUGAAGGGCUCCAAGGACUUGAAGGAGAGCCACACGUCCGUCACCAUGGAGGCGCUGCUGUACAAACCGAUCGACCGUGUGACACGGAGCACCCUCGUCCUGCACGACCUCCUCAAGCACACCCCAGCCGACCAUCCCGACUACCCGCUGCUCCAGGACGCCCUCCGCAUCUCGCAGAACUUCCUCUCCAGCAUCAAUGAGGACAUCGAUCCCCGGAGGACAGCGGUCACCACCCCCAAGGGGGAGACCCGGCAGCUUGUCAAGGAUGGCUUCUUGGUGGAGCUGUCGGAGGGCUCGCGGAAGCUGCGGCACGUCUUCCUUUUCACCGACGUGCUGCUCUGCGCCAAGCUGAAGAAGACGGCGGUGGGGAAGCACCAGCAAUACGACUGCAAGUGGUACGUGCCCCUGGCCGACCUGGUGUUCCCCUCGCCGGAGGAGUCGGAGCACUGCCCGCAGGUCCACGUCAUCCCCGACCACGAGCUGGAGGACAUGAAGAUGAAGAUCUCAGCCAUCAAGAGUGAGGUGCAGAAGGAGAAAGCCAACAAGGGGCAGAGCCGGGCCAUUGAGCGCCUCAAGAAGAAGAUGUUUGAGAACGAAUUCUGGCUGCUCCUCAACUCACCCGCCAUCCCCUUCCGCAUCCACAACCGCAACGGGAAGAGCUACCUCUUCCUGCUGUCAUCCGACUACGAGAGGUCAGAGUGGAGGGAGGCCAUUCAGAAACUGCAGAAAAAGGACCUCCAGGCCUUCGUCCUGAGCUCGGUGGAGCUGCAGGUGCUCACGGGAUCCUGCUUCAAGCUACGCACCGUUCACAACAUCCCAGUCACGAGCAAUAAGGACGACGACGAGUCCCCCGGGCUCUACGGGUUCCUGCACGUCAUCGUCCACUCCGCCAAGGGCUUCAAGCAGUCUGCCAGUAAGUGUGGGUGCCCACCCUCGCUGGACUCCUUCGGCUACUUCGUCAGCAAAGCCAAGACCAGGGUUUUUCGGGACACCACAGAGCCGCAGUGGAACGAGGAGUUUGAGAUCGAGCUGGAAGGCUCCCAGUCCCUGCGCAUCCUCUGCUACGAGAAGUGCUACGACAAGACCAAGCUCAACAAGGACAACAACGAAAUCGUGGACAAGAUCAUGGGCAAGGGGCAGAUCCAG